UUACAGACUUUUGUAAUAUUGUUAAUAGCUACCUAGGAGCUAAAGAAGACAUAGAAACAAGUUUCAUCUAAAUUGUAGAAAGAAAAUAUGACUAGUGUUUCUGUUAAAAAAGUUGGCUGAAAGAAUAUAAACUUAAAAAUGGUCUUCCCAUUCUUCAUACCAAUUCCAAUACCUCUUAAUAUGUGUAGUCAGAGAAGAUGGCGUGGAUAUCAAGAACAACCAGUGGUGAUGCUGGGAAGUCUCCCAAAUGACUUCCUUCGUGUGGCCCCAACUCAAGCUCAGUCCCAGGAAGAGGCAGACCGUGCAGCUGCUAUGCAUCUUCAGCAACAGAUGAUAGCUCAGUCACGGCAUUCUGCUGUAGGCCGUCUGCAGGUGUCGAUUGUGUCUGCAGUGUUGAACAAGAACUAUGGUAUGACACGAAUGGAUCCAUAUGUCAGAAUGAGAAUAGGGCACCAAGUAUUGGAGACACAGACAGAUGUCAAUGGUGCAAAAAACCCACGCUGGAAUAAGACCUUUCAAGUGUAAGUUACAUUACUUUCGAUUUUUGGUAUU